AUGGCGUCGCAAGACCCUGAUACAAAGGAGACAACUCGAUCCGGACAGUUGAUCUCGUUUCAGCCCGCCAACUUUGCAACCCAGCCUUCGUUCCCCUUUUUCACCUUACCAACGGAAAUUCGCAUCCUGAUCUACCAAGAGCUUCUAUUGUCCCCUAGGCCGAUCCAUUCAAACACGAAUGGAUCCACGAGCUCAAGCGCUUUUCACGUUGCUAUACUGCGUACCUGCCGACAAGUCUACACCGAGGCACGCCCCGUGCUCUACCACCAGAACACUGUACAUAUAGAGGUAUUUGGCACAGGUCAUCGCCGUCCUCAACCACUGGACAAUUCAAGCGACGAUAACCCGAGUGACGACAUUGCAAGUGAGGACUACACAAGCGAUGGCUUGAGUGAAGAUUCUGAGAUGUGCCACCUUGUUGUUUGUGGCUCAGGAUUGUUUGGCGACAGGUAUUCCUCCCAGUGGCUAGAUCUCAACAACCAAAGACCUAUCCGGCUGGAUCUGGAACGUUUCAGGAAAUUUCGCAUCGAUGUCCAGAUGAAAAGGAGUUAUGAAGCGAAAUAUGCUCGCUCAUCUAUCGUCAAAAUCCUUAACAUGCUUCGCCAUGUUCCAGAAAUGGACCAGUUGCAUGUAUCCCUGGAUGACUCGGGACGUCAGUUAGAACACACAUUGAAAAACCUCGGCCUGUUGCGGGGUGUGCGACAGGUCACUUGCGAAGGCGUUCCUCCUGAAUACAUGGCUUAUCUUACCAGAAAGAUGACAAGUUCAGCACCUGUCAUCGACCUGCCACUAAUGUAUGAAGCCCUUGAAAUGUACACUGAGUACUACCCCUACAAUGAUGGCAUCUCGGAUAUAUUGCACGAGGCGAAAUAUGCCAUGGAAACUGGAGACACUGAGGGAUUCAUAUACGGGCGCGAAAAGCUUGUUGAGACGAUGGAGCUGAGCCACGCUCAUUGGAAGUCGAUGGUGUAUGCUAACGACUUGGACGAGUGGCCUGAGGUAGGGUCGGACGAUCCUAGGACGCCAUAG